AUGGACCGAGGGAAUGUCUUGAAGCUGGAAGCUAAGGGUGGAUGCGACCCUGCACCCCCGUCGGCGUUAACCCCUUGUUACGAGGUAGUGGAGCCAAAGAAGUAUGAAUGGACGGAUUUAGUAGAUCUCGCUCAUCGCUCUGAAGUCGACAUGACCGGUCUGAUGGCGGCCUUGCACGAGCGCCAUGAGCUAGUGGACUUCAGCGUCCCUCUGUGGCUGGACGGGAAGACCAUCAUGUACAAGAGGCCAGUGCGGGGGUCAGAUAUUGCGGGUUUCGUGAAACCUUUUACGCCGGAGUUGUGGAGCCUCGUGAUGGCCAGCACCUGCCUCGCCUUCCUGGUCACGGGCGCAGUCCACCUCGGGCAGGCCCUCGCUCCCGGCGGCGACGCGGAGCAAGAGAGGAAGCGGCCGGGUGGAGGUCAGCAGAUCCGAGAGGAGGUCAUCGACAGCGCAAACAAUUCCUUCCUCUGGACCUUUUCGGCGCUCCUUGGGCAGUCCGUGGCUCGCGUGCCCUCCAGCGCCCACGUCCGCGUGGUCGCCGGCGUGUGGCUCGUGGCGUCCCUCGUGGUCGGCGCCGUCUACCGCUCCAACCUCAAGGCCAUGCUGAUCCUGCCCAAGUUCUACCUCCCGUUCGACACCCUGGCCCAGUUCGCGGCCACGGACAUCCAGCUGUUCACGCCCAAGAAUGGGCUCAUGGACAGGGCAAUCCAGGAGGCGCCCCCGGACUCGCUCCUGGGAAGGCUGAAGGACCGGAAGAUCGCCCACCAAGAGCUCUUCAGGGCUUUCCAGGGCGUGAAGGAAGGGAUCUUCGCCGGCUCGGGUUCCCAGGUCUCCGGCUGGUUCUUCCUUCAUAACGACUUCUCGCUGACAGGGGAAUGCAACACUUACAUGAUGUCUGAGCUGAUGUUCCAAACGACGAGUCAGUGUCUGGCCUUUCCCAAAGGGUCUCGUCUGAAAGCAAAAGUGGAUCGAGUGAUCCACGGCCUGAAGGAGUUCGGGAUCCUCGACCACCUCCUGCGCCGCACCAUCCACAACGCGACCGAGUGCCUUAAGCCCCUCAGCGCCCAAGCCGACAACUCCCUUCGGCCGCUGGAACUCGGGGACUUCCACGGCGUCUUCAGCAUCUACUUAGGAGGCAUGGUCCUCUGCACCUUCGUCUUCCUCGCCGAAAGGGUCAUCGGUUCUCGAGCCAAGAAAAGGUCAGAGGUUGAGGUCACUGGAGGGCAGAGAGGACGAAGACCUUAG